AACGGAUUCUAAAUGAUUUGUUUCUCCUCACAGAUAAUCCCGAUGUUCCCAAGUCUCAACAACACCGGACUUUUCUGAGAGAGGAUGUUGUUUUUAAGGAGGUUAUACCAUUUACGAAUCCACUGGUUCUCUCGAAGAUACACCGAACAUAUAGAAUUCGUUAUCUGAAGGAUGUUGUUUUGAAGAAUGCACUAGAUGAUGCUACAUCCGCAAAUCUAGAUUUAGUAAUCAAUGCAAACAAUGCUGCUGUUGUUACACUGCUGAAGGAUGACAUCCAAGAAUUAUUUGCAAGGCUACAGUCACCUUCUACAUCUGAUGAAUCAAGGAAUAAUUUGGUGAACUUUUGGCAAGAAUUUUGUCUUUUAACCAAGAGAUCACAGAAGGUAUCGGUCUUGAGGGAACUUAUCAAUGAUGGUCUUUUUGACAUCAUUGCGGAUGUCUUGAAGAGCCCAGAUAAGAAACUCGUAUUAAUUGGGGCACAAGUCCUUAGUAUAUUGGUGGCUCAAGAUAUCACCCUCCUCUGCUCUUAUGUUGUUCGACCGGAAACUCCCCUCCUUGGUCUCUUGGUUAAGGGAAUGAUGGAAGAUUUUGGUGAUAAAUGUGUGGACAUUAUUCAAAAUGUACUGGGAUUAGGUGGAGCUCAGGUGCAAUUCACCGAUGAUCAGAAGAAGAUGCAAGGGAACAUUUUGGAUAUUUUCUGUGAGAAGCAUCUACCUGAGUUAGCUGAUUUCAUAAUGGCCUCAUGUCCUGAAAGACCCGGCGAUACAGUUGGCAGCCAUCGUGGGGCAAAGAGCGAAGUCCUAUUGGCGAUUUGUGAAUUGAUGUGCUCUUGCGUUCAGCUGGAUCCAUCCAGGAAAAAUUUUCUCCAUAACAAUGUGACAGAAAAGGUUUUGCUUCUCACACGAAGAAAGGAAACAUUCCUAGUGGCUGCGGCGGUGCGAUUUGUCAGCAAUCUCCUCUCUGUCCAUAAUGAUAAUGUUCAGAGUUACAUUGUCGAGAACAACACGCUGAAACCAAUUAUAGAUGUUUUUGCUGCCGAUGGUCACCGAGACAAUCUGCUGAGUUCUGCUGUCUUAGCGCUUCUUGUGCACAUAUACAAGGUUCCUAUAUUUUCAUCCUUUUCUCUUUCAGUUUUUAGGGGUGUUCCCUCUGUACAUAUUACUGUUUUGCGUGUGCAGUACAAUGCAGUGUUGGCCAAAUAUGUAGUUGGUACAUUUUGGGACCAGUUAGCUCCAUUUGAGCACCUGACUUCCAUCCAGGAUUUCAAAACGACAUAUGUGGGGCUCAUAGAAAGUAGGAGACCAAAGAGCACCAAUGAACAAUCUGAUAUGAUACAAUAUGGGAGUGCUCUGGAUGAAGAAAAGUCAGCUGAGCCACAAAAUUCCAAUGUCACUGCUGCAAGGACUGCGAUGAAAGAAGCUGAGCCUCAUAGUUCCAAUGUCAUAGCCGCUGCAAGUUCUGGUGCUUCUAGUACACAGAUGGAAGAAGCUGAGCCUCAUAGUUCCAAUGUCAUAGCUGCAAGUUCUGCUUGUCAGAGCAAGAGGUCUGGAGGUUUGGUUGAUUAUGAGGAUAGCGAAAGUGAUGAAGACUGUAGAGAAAUUGAUCAGCAAGAGCAGCGUAAAAGACCGAGGCUCUCUCCAACAAGUGAAGAAAAUAAGAAGUCCUCCCAAGAACAAGGUGGGGAAGCUAAGGAACCUGGAGAACUCUAGGAGCUAAUGACCGAUAUAGCAGCAAUAGUUGUAGAUGGAAGAAAAUGACAAGACGCAGAUGUAAAGAGAUGUUGAGGUUAACAUCCCCCGACAAACAAUAGAUAGGAUUUUUGGUAUAUCAUCUCUAAUUUUUUUGAGUAUAGAAAGAAAGCUGUCCACAGAAAGAAGAAAAGAAACUGUGAAUAUAGAUGUUUUGAAGACUAUAUCGGAUGGUCCGUGUAAAAAAACGCAAUCUUUUUAUUGAAACUGGGGAUUUUUACUUGUA